AUGCCCUUUAUCGUUACUCCUGAAGGAAAAACCCUGGCACAGUCUGGUGCAAUUCUGAAAUACAUCUGCAAAAAAGGAGGUAAGCAAAACUACAUUCUUUAGAGUUUCUGAUUCAUCCCAUAUAAGGUAAUCCAGAUUCCAGAAUCCAGGAAAUUUUUUCAUGUGACAUUCAGAUUCCGGGAAAAUUUUGCUCCUGGAAUCCAGAAUCCUGGGCUUUGGAAUCCAGAAUCAGCUCAAGGAAUCCAGAAUCUCUUUACCCGUAACUAAUUUGAAUUUAGAAUCCAAGUUCCACUGACAAAGAAUGGAAUCCAGUACCUAGAAUCCGGAAUCCACAGUGUGGAAUCCAGAAUCCAAGAUUGUCUUGGAUUCUCUUCCAUGGGGGAAUUCUGAUUUUAUCUAGUGUAAGUAUAGGGGUUCCAUUUAACCCGUUGAUGACUGAUUUGGCUGCAUGUUUUUGUUCCGUGGAACAAUGCAUAUUUCCUCUCUCAAACCAUUCAGUAGCAUUCAGUUGAAGCGUAACUUGAAGUUGUUGUUGGGAGCUAAUCCUGAUGGUGGAGGUUCGUCAUUCAACAUUGUGCAUUGUCAAGUCCACAAAUACAUAUGACGCAGGGCUUCAUAACCAUCCCUCUCUAUUUACUAUAGUUUAAGUUAAUUUGUUGAGCAGUGAAUCCAGCAUGGAUCUUUGCAACGUUGAUCUCUUGCUUAAUUAGCAGCAUCUCAUAAGAUUGUGCCCCUUAAUAAUAUAAGAUACUGCUAAAGCUAAGUUUUGGAAAAGAGACCAAGCCAAAUCUGGGUGGUGACGCAUCAACAGUAUGGAAUUUCUGUGCUCGCCCAUCCGUCGGCAGUUCGCGGGGAAACCUGCGGCGUCCUCAAAUGUCGACUCUUUUCUCAGGCUGAACCCUGAAUCUAAAACUGUACUUUGAUACACCUGUCAGGUUUAAGUCCAUCAGACAGUUUUGAUGAAGCGCAAGCUGAUAUGAUCGUUGAUGGUGUUAAUGAUUUGCGUGUUGCUAUGGUCAAAGCACACUUUCAGAAGGACGAGGAGGAGAAGGUACGAUUCCACACCUAGACCCCAAUAACCACACCCUUAGCCUGCGCCACAGACGAAACUAAACUCUGGUUAAGUCCGUCUGCGAAACAGCGGUAAAAUACUCGUUCUGGGUCCCCAACUAUAUACCAGGAUUUGAGUAUGCGCCAUGAUUGGCCUUUUAAAAAGGCAACUGUCGAUUUGUCAAUCAGAUUGAAAGGAAAUUCGAAAUGCGCUUCUGGUAAUUCGUUGAGUUCGUUGAGGGCACAGAACAGGGAUCUCGUCGCUGUUUCGCAGUCGUUAUACUAAGGCUGCCACACCCUAUGAACACACUGGGUGUGCGGAAAGUAGCCUCUGCCGACAGUGAUCCGUUCGUAUUUUAACCUAGAGAACAGGCCUUAGUAUUCCGCGUUUUUCAGGCGAGGGCAGGCAAGCGCGAAGCGAGCAAGGAGAGCGAGACACGCGCGAGUUCCCCCGUUGCGCUUGUCUCGCGCUCCACACCCCCUUCGUGCUUCGUUCGCCUGUAAAACGUGAAAUAUAGCGCCUAUUCUGCCGGCUAUUCUUUUUCCGUAAUUUGGACGAAUAGAUUGAAAGAAAUGGUUUCUAACAGGCGCUAGACCAUUAGAGUAGAGUUGGAUAACUAAGUUUUAGCAAAACAUUUCAGUUUCUUUUUCUUCAGUACCAUUGCCCAAAAAUACAAUGAAGUAAAUGGUGGGCUCCCAAUGUGCUUUCACUUGUGACCCAGUAGACGCGUUAUGUAGGAAUCCACAGCUGUUUACGUUAGUCUAAAUUACCUCUAUCGGACGCAGAAACGGGAACGUCACAAAAUCGAUGGGAUUACUAAGCGUUAAUUUCCUAUGGUAAGGUAACCGGCUGAAUGACAUAAAAUGUGGUCAUAUUUCUUCUUACCGUCAUCUUUGUUUAGAAAAAGCUAUGGAAGGAGUUUUUCGAAACAACAGUUCCUGACCGGCUUGGGAAAUAUGAAGCUCUUCUCAAAAGCCGAGACGAAGGCAAGGGCUACUUUUUUGGAGAAAAGGUAAACAUAAAGGAUAAAACAACAACAGCAACAACAAACUUUUUUUUGCAUAACAGUAAACUUUUAAGUAUUUCAAAAGCGUGCACCGCAUACUGAAAGAAAAAGGGAAAAAAAGCAUGGACACAAUUUUAAAAUUGCAUUAAUAACAUUUCGUACCGGAGAUCGUUAAUACUAAAACAAGUUGAUAAAAAAAAAAUGAAAUAGAAAGUCGAACAUCCAUGAUGUGCGACCACCUGUUUUAAGUGGCCACUCCCAUAAUAUAAGCGACCACCUAUCCAAAAUAUCAAAAUCUUCGCAGUCAAAGCCUUACAGUUGGAAGAGCUCGUAAACGAGCACCUCCUUUAAGCGACCGCGACUACUCUUCAGGGCUGACGGUUUUAGUAAUUACCCAUUGUUUCUAGACUCCUGUAAGCAGCCACUUUGACGCUUGUUCUUAUAUAUGUUCGCCGUAUGUUCUAUGCCACUUAGAGUAGUUAUAAGUCAGAAGAAUUCGUUUUAACGACAAUGCAACGUGGAAUUAAAAAUAUUGCAACUUGAAAAUUGCAUGCAAUCAAUAUAUUAUUAUUUCACAUAAAGUAAAUGUGUCCCCUUCUCGGAUGAAACCCACUGUGGUUUGAUUCUUGUAAAUGAUCAUGACUACCGAGUCUUCACAUUUUGGGUUGUCGCUUACGGGAGGUUCAACUGAAAUUAUUAAAUAGGAUACGGAUUUGAUGCGUUCAUAAUCAAUUCGUUAACAGAUUUUCUUCUUAUAAAGUCAAGAUAGUUUGAAGGGACUUCUCUGAGUCUUCCUUCAGGUUUGUCUUGGAGGUAAAAUUCUUUGAGUGUAUGGCAAUACUUGGAGAAAAUCGACCAAGAACUCGGAUUUUUUUCUUUCUGAAUCGCUCGUACAUGUGUCCUCCACAUGUGGAUCGAACUGAUUAAAAAAAGAAAAAAAAGAAAUGAAAAAGAAAAAUCGUUCUCAGUCUUUUUAUUAUUAUGAUGAUGUAAAAUUUAGCACAGGGAUUUUCCCUGGGGAGAAAUAUCCAGUCAAGUCUCAUCCCGAGACCUCAGACUUCCAGCACCUUUCUGAGGAUAUGUGCCGAUCCGAGGAGUGCCGACUUUUGCAUCGUUCUUGUUCCGUUUUUAAUUCCUAAUUUCUCCAAGUGGCCUGCCAGCUUCUUUGACACUGAACCCAAUGCACCUACAACCACUGGCAUUAUUAUUAUUAUUAUUUUUUUUAUUAUUAAUUUUUUUUUAUUAUUUUUUUUUUUCGUGAUUCAUUUUUUCUUUUUUUUUUGGUCAAAUUUUUCGCUCGCGGGCUUGCUCACUUAAAACAUUGUGCAAAUAAAACGCCUCCGUCAGUAAGUAAUUUGUCUUUCCCUCUAUUUUUUUUCUUCCAGCUCACCUAUGCCGACAUUGCGUUCGUUGAGUUCUUUCAAAGCCUAAAGGUGAACGUAGAUAUCCAGAAAGGGAAAGAAAAAAAAGAAGAUAUCGAGGAGAUAUUGAAGAAGUUUUCUCUGUUGUAUGAGUAUUACAAGCGUGUGUUAGCCGUGGAAGAAAUAAAAACCUGGAUUGAGAAACGCCCCCAAUCCGACUACUGA